AUGUCGGAAAAAGAAACCAGAGGGGACACCAUUGGUGAGAUACAGACAGGUGAUACUCUCAACGAGAAGACACCGGGCACCGGAUUCGAAUCUGUUCUCGAUAUCACCCAAGACCAAAUCGAGGCGGAUCUUAAUGUAACUGAGAAUGACUUGAUCAAUGCGAGAGAAAAUGCCAAGGAUUUGACCCUGGAGGAAACACGCCAGAUGAUGAAAAAAGUUUACGAUGUCCAUCUCAAAGACCCAAAUUUUCCCGUUGUGAUUGUCGACAAGAUCAAGGCCUUCCUUGAUAAUGAGGAUAUAUUCGAACACCCCCAGAACUACACUGAUCUCAUUUUUGAGAUGAAGGCAGAGGCGGCAUUGAUCACAGGUAACAGUCCUUAUGCAGAAGUACGCGCUGUUGUCAGCAAUACGGAUGACAUGACGAUGCCGUGCUCUACCAUCCGUGUCUGGGUCAUAGGACUUCUAUUUGUCGUCGCAUUGGCUUUCGUCAACCAGCUCUUCUCCAUUCGGCAACCUCAAAUAGUUGUUACUGCCAAUGUAGUGCAGCUGCUAUGCUUCCCCGUUGCAAAAGCUGCGGAAGCAAUCCUUCCUGACUGGGGCUUCACGAUUUUCGGUACCAGGCACAGCUUGAACCCUGGCAAGUUUUCACCCAAAGAACAUAUGCUGAUCACUAUUAUGGCAAGUGUUGGCUAUGACUAUCCAUACACGGACAACAUUAUCUGGUCACAAUAUCUUCCUCAGUACUUCAACCAGAGCUAUGCGGGUCAUUUCGGAUACCAAAUUUUGGUUGCACUUUCAACCAAUCUCAUCGGAUACGGCAUUGCUGGAGUGUGCAGAAGAUUCCUUGUCUAUCCAGCAUAUUGUGUUUGGCCCGCAUCCUUGGUCACCAUAGCUUUGAAUGAUGCUUUCCACACAGAUAAAAACAUUGCAGUACCGGGCCCUUUUAAGAGAAUAUUUACAAUUUCUCGACUCCGGUUUUUCCUGUACGCCUUCAUUGCCAUGUUCGUAUAUUUUUGGUUCCCCAACUACAUCUUCCAGGCCCUGAGUGUCUUUAAUUGGAUGACAUGGAUCGCCCCAAAUAAUGUAAAUCUUAAUAUUGUCACCGGCAUGGAAAACGGCCUUGGACUCAAUCCGUUCCCAACGUUUGACUGGAAUAUCAUGCUCUGGGAUACGCCGCCACAGGAUCCUCUUAUGGUGCCAUUCUUCAACACUUUCAGUAAAUUUAUAGGCGGAUUCUUCAGUUUCUUCGUCAUUUUAGGGAUCUGGUACAGCAACAGCUACUACACUGGUUAUCUUCCCAUCAAUUCCAAUAGGGUUUUUGAUCACUUUGGCAAGCUUUACAAUAUUUCUCACGCCAUUAAUGAGAAGGGGCUGUUUGAUGGCCCGAAAUACGAAGCAUACUCUCCAGCUUACUUGUCGGCCGGCUACGCAACUGUUUACUUAUUUUUCUUCGCAAUCUAUUCCUCGGUCAUCUCCUACACCUACUUGUAUCACCGGCAUGAAAUCGCCAUGGGCUUCCGCAAUCUUAUCAAUAGCUUCCGCAAGAAAGAGGACAGAAACAGCGACCAUGACUACACAGAUAUUCAUAAUCGACUGAUGGCUAAAUAUCCUGAAGUUCCUGAAUGGUGGUAUUUAUUAGCUCUUUGCUUUGCUAUUUGUCUUGGAUGUGCUGGCAUUGCCGGGUGGCAUACUUAUACUACCGUCGGCGUGGUAUUUUAUGGCAUUCUAUUGUGCCUCAUUUUUGUUGUUCCUGUCGGCAUCAUCAAAGCCAUCACCGGAAUAGAGAUAACCUUGAACGUUCUUGCGGAGUUUAUCGGCGGUUCGUGGGUUGCAGGCAAUGCCCUAGCUAUGAAUUACUUCAAGGCUUUCGGGUACGUAACCUGCGCCCACGCUCUCCGCUUCUCCAACGACCUCAAACUAGCCCACUACCUCAAAAUCCCACCCAAGCAAACCUUCUUCGCGCAAAUGAUCGCCACCGUUGUCUCCAGUCUUGUCUGUACCGGUGUCCUAAACUUCCAGAUGAAUUCCAUCGAAGACGUCUGCACAACUAACCAGAAAGACCACUACACAUGUCCAGGCAUCAAUCAAUUCUUCACCGCCGCCGUAUUGUGGGGAACUAUCGGGCCCAAGAAAGUAUUUGGAAAGGGCGGGCAAUAUACUGCGCUGCUGGCUGGCUUCCCCAUUGGGUUUGUACUUCCGUUUGUGGUGUACUAUGCACAGAAGAAAUUCCCGAGACAGACGUGGAUGAGACAAGUCCAUACUGUGGCGAUCCUGUAUGGAGCUAUUUCUUAUGCACCUUAUAACCUUGCUUAUCUGUGGCCCGGGGUGCCAAUUGGAUGGUGGAGUAUGGUGUAUAUGAAGAAGAGGUCCCUCGCCUUUUGGUCAAAGUACAACUAUGUUCUCUCUGCUGCAUUCUCCUCCGGCAUUGCUCUUUCCGCAGUUAUCAUUUUCUUUGCGUUGCAGUAUACAAAUACUAGCAUUACGUGGUGGGGUAACGAUGUUAGCUUUCAGGGCUGUGAGGAUACGCCUUGUGUGAAACAUCAUCUUGCGAGCGGUGAAUACUUUGGUCCAAGGAUUGGGAAUUUUCAUUGA